AUGCUCGCGCACACCAGUGACUGCCCAGCAACACCCAGUACCGGCGGUUACUGCAGCUCGGGCGAUGGGGAAGCAGACGGGGCCAAAGCAGGGGAGUUUGUUAGAGAGAAGAAAUACAAAACGGAAGCGGAAGCAUUUGGCUGGAGCUUUGUCUUUGAGGAUUUCUUAUCCGAAGAGCUGAAGAAAAAAGUCACCCAAAGACUGGAGUCUGCCCCGUGGUGGCUGCCCGUCGAGAAGGCUUUUUGGCGACAGCCCUCAGGUCCUGGCUCCAGCAUCAAGGACAGGCUGGAUUACCCGGUGCUGCACGUGAGCUGGAACGACGCGCGGGCGUUCUGCGCCUGGAAAGGGAAGCGGCUCCCGACGGAGGAGGAAUGGGAAUUUGCUGCCAGGGGAGGACUGGAGCAAAGGGAGUAUCCCUGGGGAAACAAGUUUCAGCCGAACCGUACAAAUCUGUGGCAGGGCGACUUCCCGAGGGUCGACACAGCUGAAGACGGUUAUCACGGCGUCUCGCCGGUGGCAGCGUUCCCUCCUCAGAACAACUACGGGCUCUACGACCUGCUGGGAAACACCUGGGAGUGGACGGCGUCGGAGUACCUGCCGCCGGGGCCCCGGCCGCGCGCUCGGAACAUGCGGGUCCUGCGAGGCGCCUCGUGGAUCGACACCGCGGACGGGUCUGCGAAUCACAGAGCUCGCGUCGCUACCAGAAUGGGGAACACGCCAGACUCGGCCUCCGACAACCUCAGCUUCCGCUGCGCUGCCGACGUCCCGCCUGUCGUGGCCGAGAAAAGCCGGACCAAACCUGAGCUCUGA